CAAUUUACAUUUUAAAUAAUAUAUAGGUUUAAAAUUUUUACUUUUUCAAAAAUCUGUCAAUUGUUGUAAGUGUGUAGCUAUUUUUAUGGAUCUCAAUUAGUGUCGUCGUUAAAAAAUAUCUAAGCUCUAUAGCACAUAAAUCUAUAGUCCGUGUUGUGAUAACAUAAUCUUUUCUCAUAUUUUUUGUUUAUGAUAUAAAAGAUAAACAGAAUAAAAAAAAACAUUAAAUUAUUAAUUAUUUGUACAGGUACUUAGUACUUAUUAGUUAUUACAUUUUAUCUUUUAGUAUUUAGAGUCAUUAACUUUUUAGAUGACUGAUGAUCGUUUAUUAAAAUUCUUUUAUAUUCUAGACUAUAAACUAGUUAAUCAUUGGACAGAUUAAAAUUGAUUAAAAUUAAGAAUUAAAAUAUAUAGUUGAUUUUAUAUUGAAUAUAUAUAAAGAAAUUGUAAUAUCAACAAUUUUUUAUUUCAUCAUGGCUGCACCAAUGGAACGUAUUCAAGCUCUGGAAUUAAUUGAAAAAGACAUAAUAACAUGUUUACAAAGCGCUGGUCAGGCAUUAUUGGAACUUAGUAAGGAAAAAUCCAGCUUGAAACAAGUAGAGAACCAAUCGCACCAGUUCUUAAAGAGUUUGGGUAAUGUAGAGUCAAAACUAACCGAACAAAUCAAUUACUUGACUCAAGUAUCUACUGGACAGCCAUAUGAAAACAGUGGGUAUGCAUCACAAAAAGUUCUCCAAAUGGCUUGGCACCGUCUUGAACAUGCAAGAAGCAGGGUGAAAGAAUUGGAACGUUCUAAAAAUAAGUAUCUUCAGGAUCAAGAACAAUUGAAGGGAAAUGUCUCAAAUCUAUCAUAAUACUUUUGUUUUGUAGACUUAUAAAUUCUUAAGCGAUAAAUGAUAAUUUAACUUAAUUGUAAUAAAAACUAUGUGGAGUAAAUAAACUAAUUAAAAUCUAUGAA